AUGUCCGACGUUGGCCGAGAAUCCCUCACUGAUAAAGUUACCUCCGCUGCUAAGCCCGACUCCGAGAAGUCGUACAUCGAGCAAGCCACAGACUAUGUCAAGGGCACGCUCGACUCCGCUGCCUCUGUUGUCCAACCUCAACAAGAGAAAUCUACCACCCAAAAGGUCGGAGAUGCUCUUACCGGUGACAACCGAAACAAGGACGUCGCAUAA